AUGCAAGCAUCACAUGAACCGUGUACAUUAGCACAUGCUGGUUCCAGCAGCGGCGCUAAUAUUGAUAAGAACAGCAAGAAUGACAAUAACACUUCUUUUGCGUUAAAAGUGGCUGGAUGGCUGGUGCCUGAUGUGCGCCGACACCUUUUUCUUCUUGUGUGGGUUUGCGGUAUACCAAUACACAUUCGCUACGUUAUACACCUCCUCCGCAUCUCCGCCGUCUCGCUGGAUAUGACGACAACAGAGGAAACGCACCUCCAGCAGUACCGGCAAUAUCAAGAAGAGGAAAAGGAAAAGGAAGAAGAAAAUGAAGAAGUAUUGAUACCAUGUGAACGUGCCCUUCGCUCUGCGGCGUUAGAUAUUUUAUUUGUAUUGGUGGCCAGUGACUGCAGUGCGGCAAAUGAGAAGGUGCGGGAGAUGAGUCUUCCACAGACGGAGUGGUCAGAAGUACGCAGCUUAAUGUACAGCAGAGUUAGUAAUCAUGAUAUUAACAGAAACAGCACCGCCACGCACAUUAUCUCACGGGAAGCCACUGUGAAGGGUGAAGUGUUGGCGCUUGUGCCUGCCGGUGAUGUGCCGCUCGCAGAAUUGCAGUCAUUAUACUUCACAGCAUUGGAUCAAGCACGGCAGUUUGAGCAGCAGUACACAUUUGACAGUGCGACACCGAAUAAUCGCCGUGAAGAAGUGAAGGAGAAGAAGUUAUCCUGUAUAGCUCAGAAACAACAGGAGAGCCGUCAGAAGACUCUCUCUGAAGUGAAUACGGGAACUGAUGUGAUUGUUGUUGACAGUGAUGAAGGGGAGGGCGCAUUGCAGAAUGAAGUGGUGGUUCUCUCAGAUGACAGUGAUAGCAAUAGUCAUAAUAAUAAGAAUCCUUAUUGUAAGCCAGCAAAACGACGACGAACGUCAACGGAAGAUAUUUACGAGAUGGUAGAGUGA